AUGUCGAAUCUACUGAAGGAGCUACCACAGUCCAAAACUCUGGUGCGGGAAGCUCUGGCCGAACUUACCAGCGAGUUCAAAACCGCCGCUAAGCUGGUAGCAGCACUCUAUUCCGCCGCCGACAAUAAAGAAGCAGUGAAGCCUCAAUUUAGCGAUGCCGCCCGCCUGGUGGCGAUGUUGUACCGCAAAUCGUACCAGCUUAACGACCUAUACACUCAGUCGGGUUACCUCGGCUGCCUCGAUGAGCUUCUCGAGGUCAUCGCAUCGGGGGGUGACGUUGAGAACUGGGCGUUAACCCGGCGGGCAGAAAUCAUCAAAAAUACCAAAGCAUCCCCAGUGGCCCCUCAAGAAACUCCCGCCAAUACCGCUGCCAUCGAUGACCUCCCGCAGGAGUUUGUCAUCCCGGAAGACUUUGCAUUUACUUUUACCUCCAACGGCCCACGGCCACCGGUACAAUUCCGCCCGCAGAUGCUGCCUCUUAGUAUCCAGCACCUGAAAAAGCAACGGGCACUGGCGGUUCGUAAGUACUUGUCCAACAAAAACCUCCGCAAAGGCGGCCCCCCGGCUCAGGAGUCGGCGAGCUCCGGUGGUUCUCUGGACGAGGAGUCUCAGGCAACGGUGAAGCGUCGCCGCCAGGGUCCACCUGGAUCUGAUCGUCGUCGUCGCGACGAUGGCACCGCCUGA